AACCUAGCUAUGAAUACUCCUUUUGGUUUUUAGGUUAAAAUAUCUGAACUGAGAGCAGUCCAGCAUAAUACAAAGAAUGAGCUUCUCAUCGGCUAUAACAUGUCGUGCAGUGUGCUGGCGCUACAAGACGGUAUGGUCUUCAAUUCUCCAGAGACAGUUUGGAAUGCUGAACCUACUUCCAUAGUUCACACUGGUCCCUAUACACUAGCGUUUACAGCUGAUACUAUUGAAAUUAGAAAGUCAUCAAACGGUUCUUUAAUGCACACCAUCGACGUGCCUCAACUUAAACCUAUUUCACUCAAAGAUGACUUGAUAUUCUCGUCUCCAAGUCUCCUCAAUCAGUCUCUCCAAAGGAACGAUAGUUUCUCACGUUUGGAGGGAAAAGCCGCCAAAGUCCUUGGGAAAGCAACAUCUUCAGGAACCUCCCUACACAUAUACAAGAUCAGCUUAGAGAACCUUCUUGGGGGCGGAGCUGGAAAAGGGCGUGGCCGACGUAACAGUGACAAAGAUGAUGAGACUUCAUCUAGUGGCAGCCACUGUAGCAUGUUAGAGGACGUUCCUUCAACGAUUUCCGAAGAACCAGAAGGGCGUGGCAAUGGGUGUGGUCUUCAUCUAAAAGACCUGAGUAAUGGAGGAGGUGUCGACAUUAGUCUUGAAGAAACCAACUCAAAGUUUAAAAACGCAAGAAUACUAAAAUCUCCGUCUUCCAAGCCGAGGCAGAUGUUUGUCUACCCCGAGAGUUACGGCGACGGUAAGAAAUAUGUGGGCCCCCUCAGCGAAGUUUUUGAGGACUCGUUUCGCCUGGUCUGCAAAGAGGAGGAGGAGGAGGAGGAGCCUAUGCACUCUGUCCUCUCGGAGCGAGACAUUAAAACAGCACAACUUCACGGACUCCAUUCAACCUAUUCCUCAUCUCCUUCCAUCCUUGAGGAUAUUAACUCUCUCUCUUCUCUCUCCCCUUCUUCCAGCGAUGUGCUAUUUAAGCUAUGAUUAUUAAUGUUGUUGUUGUUGUUUUUUGUUUGUAGUGUCUUGCUUUUGUGUUUAUUCUUGUUUAUGUUUCACUUUCUCAUUCAUCCAUUCAUUCAUUAACAUUA